CCUGUCUUUUAAAGGCCUUAGUGCUUCGGUCAAACCUCUUCCGCAGUCAGAUACCUCAAUUACCUCAGAUUUUGAAGAACUAAACUAGAUUUAGAGAUGCCUAGAUCAUUUCUUGUGCGCUCGAAGCAAUCAGCUCUUCCAGAAAAUGAAAUCAAGAUUAAAGAGGAAAAUCCUGAAAUCGAUGAAAAAGAAGAACUUCAGCCUGAAAAGCGUGGAUUUGUCCCCUAUGUUUCGUCUCACGCAACAUCUAAGAGUUCGUUUGACGAUUGCCGAAGCUCGUUCAGGUUAUACCAGAGCCAAAAGGAAUAUGCAUUUCCACGUUACUUCUGUCUCCCCCCGCCCCAGGGAUUGACGAUGGAAGAAUACCUUCGUAUUAGAUCUGCCUGCUAUCUUCCGAGGCCGUUUUUUCCGUUCCCUCCUACAUCUCCUCAUCUACAUAAAUCUCUAACAAGAUUUCUUCCCCAUGAAGGAUCAUUGUAUCCUUGCGCUGCAUACCCKCCAAGAAUAAGCCCAGAGUCUUUAAGAGCCGCGUCAAUGCCAGAAACGCCUCAUCAAACAGCAUUUCAACCCGUAGACCCAGAGAAAAGAAAGCUAACAGGCAGUUAUAGUCUUGAGCCUCAAACUACGCUUCUUUCAUCACCCUCGAGUGAUAUCAGAGACGAAGUAGCAGGCGAAACAGAAAGCAAAACCAAAGUUUUUAGAUGCCAAGAAUGUGGCAAAGAAUUCCGUAGGCCUUCAAGUUUAAGCACACACAGAUUGAUUCACUCCGAUCACAAGCCAUACUCCUGUAGUUACUGUGGUAAAAAGUUCCUAAGAAAAUCCGACAUGAAGAAGCAUACUUUGAUGCAUACCGGAGCGAAACCCUUUCAGUGUAAGCAGUGUGGAAAAGUAUUUAGUCAAUCUUCUAAUAUGUUGACACAUAUGAGAAGACACACUGGAAUCAAACCUUUUCCGUGUAAGAUCUGUGGGAGAAGGUUCUAUAGAAAGGUUGAUGUUAGAAGACACACUCUUCGUCACGAAUUCAGAGCAAGUGUGGAGAACUGAACUGUUAUUGAUAAAAUAAAACUGCAAAAAUAAUAGUGUAGAGAAAAUACCAUUCGUUAUGACAAAAAAAGGGGGAAAUUUAAGGCGAAAAACGACUAUUUUCUUGCCGAAAAAUUAAAAAUAUAAAACAGAAAGAAAACUGAAAAUACCUGUAAAUCUUUAUAGCAGGAAAAAUCAUAAAGAGAAUGACUAUGAAAUUAUAACAAUAAAAAUUACCUUUUCGGUUGAAAAGGUAAAAAUUUGACAAAUUUCAUAAAAAGUUUCAAAAAUAAAGACAAAGCUUGUACAUACAUUUACCACGAUAUAGUAUUACGGAUUUUAUAUCAAAAAAAUAUUACGUAGAAUAAUCUAUGAAAAGUUUUUCAGUUGUUGUGUAGUUUGAUUAUUAUUUCUGAAGCUUUCUUUGGUAUAUUAAAGUUGUAUCCUAACAAAAAAGGGUCGGUGUUGUGAAGCAAGGGCCUUGAAAUAAAAGCUAUUGUUAAAACUCAA